UAAUUUAAAAUUAAGACAAAAUAUUCGCUUUACUUGAGUGUAACUUUUAACAGCUUAUAUAUUGCAUGUAACUAAAAUUUUAACGCUGUGAGUACUUCAAGUUAGUGAUCUCCGUGUUGUAAAACUGGAUUUUACUUAUUAAAAAUUAUGAGAAGAAAAUAGGUUAAAAAUUUGACGUAUUCCAAAAUAAGUUUAACCUUAAUAUUUUUUUAAAGAAUAUUAAAAUAUAUCGUGCCUUUAUUGUUAUGUUCUGUUCAACCGUGAUUGCUUUUUGAGGUUAGAAAAUGACAACAGACUCCAUACAUUAAAGUGAAAAAUAUACCAAAACAUUUUGUAAUUUUAGUAAAAUUGAGAUUAAUUGAAAUAACAUAAAAAUGUUUUCAUAUAUUCGUCAAACAUCAGUGUUACGUACAAUUAUUAGAAAUGUAAACAUAAAUACUACUGAUCAGAAUAUUGAUAAAUAUUGGCAACAUAUACUGAAUAAUUGUAAAAAUGCAUUAACACAACCUAGUACUAUAUCAAAAGAAACAUGGGAAAAUGUAAGAAAACAUAUGAUAGAAUCACAAUGUGAUCCAUCUACUCUUGAUUUUAUUAUUCUAAACAUGUUUCAAAGAAUGAAAUAUCCAGAUGCUGGAAUAUCUUAUUAUAAAUUUUUAGCAGAUAAUAAUUAUAAACCUGAAAUUCCUGUUAUUACUAAAUAUUUACAGUUGUAUGACAUAAAAAAUGAUCCAAUAUCAGAAUCAGAUAAAGAACAUAUUUUAAGUUUGUACAAUAAUAUUAAUAAUCAGUAUACUUUAUUUAAUGAUCAGCUCAGUAAUGCUUUUAUUCAAUGCUUAUGUAAAGUGGGCGAGUGGGAGGAAGCUAUCAAAAUUAUAGAAAAACACGAAGAAAGUGAUAAAAUUUUCCUUCGACAUGGAUAUACUAACUUAAUUUCAUAUUUAUUUAAUCAUAACAAAGAAAAGUUGGGAUAUGAAUAUCUAAAGCUUAGCCUACAAAAAAGCAAUGGGCCUUAUGACAGUGCAUAUACUACGUAUUUAAAAUAUUGUUUAAAAGAAAAAGACACAUUUAAUAUGAAAGUUGAGAAGUUAUUUCUAAUGUGGAGUGCAUAUGGUAUUAAACCUAGUCAAAACACUGUAUUUGAAUAUAUGAAUGCAUGUAACGAAUGUGGUUGGUCUGUCAAUCAAACUGUAAUGUUAAGAUUAAGGUGUCACAAGUGUAAAGAAGACAUUUCACAAGAAAGUAUAUCUGACAAGGAUUACGAGCGUUUAUUGGAAGCUACAAAGAAAAAAUUGAUCUUUAAUGAAAUAUGUUAUGUAACUAAUGCGCAAGAGAUACAAUCGUUUAUAAAUUUUAUUGAUAAAAAUAAACCAUAUGACCUGAUCAUAGAUGGAUUAAAUAUUAUGUUUCUUGCUAAAAGAAGUAUGAAGUAUGAUCUAACAUAUGAACUCAAACAGAUUUUCAAAUCUUAUAAAGAGCAGAAUAAAAAAAUAUUAAUCAUUGCAAGAAAACAUAUGUGGAAGUUUAUAGUUAAAUCAGGUCUGCAAAGCGUAAAUUGCUUCUAUGUUCAAAAUAGCUCAAAAGAUGAUUUAUUUUUAUUAUAUGCGGCAUUUGCGAGUAAAAGAAAUGCUAGAAUUAUUUCUAAGGACUUGAUGCGUCAACAUAUAUUUGCUUUGCAAGACCUUGAGUUAAAUGCUCUCUUUAAAAAAUGGCAGUUCUCGCAUCAAUUUGUUAUUGAUACAAAGAAGGGUUACAUGCAGUUAAAUGCACAGUUUCCUAUUGACGCCACCGUUCAGAAGCAAAAUAAUAGUUGGCAUAUACCAUAUGUCACUAAUGAUAGAAUAUCUAGAAUGAGGCAUACAAGUACCAAAAAGUGGAUGUGUUUCAAAAUGAACUAAUAAAAUUAUAUGAAUAUAUUUCUGUAAAAAUUUUUAAAAUUGUAUCUAUUUUAGAAAAAUAAUAGAUGCCUUCUUUUUUUAAUACAUUCACAUUUACAUGAAUAUAAAAAUGUGAAUAUAUUAAACAGACGGAGUUAUGCUUGAUACUGAAUAAAAUGUUGUCAUAAUACAUAUGUAUAAUGCAUUACGUCUUUUCUUUUAAGUUUAUUUUAUAAAUAUAUAUAUAUUAUGCGAAUUUUUUACUUUUUUUAUCUAAUUCAUUGACAGGAUUAUGUCGAUAACAAAAUGUUUCUGUUGUACGAAAAUGUACUACCAGAUGGCGCAUAGUGCGUCAUUCGAUUUAGUUCAAUAAAAUUCGUGUCAUACAUUCCA